AUGGAGCUGACUCACCCCAAACUGCUGCUGGUGCCAACCUGGAAAGCCAUCUCUCGCUCAGGACUGCAGCACCUGGGACCACCGCAGCACUCACUGCCUCCGGCCUCCAACGGCCCCAACAAGGAGCUUCGCACCAGUGUGGACUGGACGGAGAAUGCUGUGAACGGCGAUCACCUGUGGAUGGAGACCAGCUGUUCUGGAGAGCUGUGUUAUCUCGGAGAGGACACGUGUCUGCUCAAGACCGCAAAGUCGGCUCCCAGAAGGAAAUGUGCUGCCUGUAAGAUUGUCGUCCACUGCGGCUGUAUAGAGCAGCUCGAAAAGAUCAACUUUCGCUGUAAGCCGACAUUCAGGGAAGGAAGUUCACGGUGUCUCCGAGAUCAGAACGGGCUGCGGCAUCACUGGGUUCACAGGAGGAGACAAGAGGGCAAAUGUAAACAGUGUGGAAAGAGUUUCCAACAGAAAAUCUUUCAUAGUAAAGAAAUUAUUGCCAUCAGCUGCUCGUGGUGUAAACAAGCCUUCCACAACAAGGUGACGUGUUUCAUGUUGCAUCAGAUAGAGGAGUCCUGUUCGCUGGGGGCCCACGCUGGAGUCAUAGUUCCCCCAUCGUGGAUUAUCAAGGUCCGAAAACCACAGAACUCCUUUAAGAACUCCGCCAGAAGGAAAAAACGCACAUCUUUCAAACGAAGGGCGAGCAAGAAGGGACUGGAUGAGUCCAAAUGGCGGCCAUUUAUAUUGAAGCCUCUUCCUUCUCCUCUUAUGAAACCCAUUUUAGUUUUUGUUAAUCCCAAAAGCGGUGGAAAUCAGGGUGCCAAGGUUUUACAGAUGUUUAUGUGGAUUUUAAAUCCCCGACAAGUUUUUGAUCUGUCACAAGGAGGACUACGGGAGGCGUUAGAGUUGUACAGAAAAGUGCCAAAUCUGAGGAUUCUUGCCUGUGGAGGUGAUGGAACUGUGGGGUGGAUCCUGUCUGCUCUAGAUGAGCUGCAGAUGAACCCUCAACCUCCUGUCGCAGUUCUUCCUCUGGGAACAGGAAAUGACCUCGCCAGGACUCUCAACUGGGGUGGAGGCUACACAGAUGAGCCAGUUUCCAAAGUCCUCUGUCACGUUGAGGAUGGCUCUGUCGUGCAGCUCGACAGGUGGAACCUUCUUGUGGAGAAAAGCUCUGCACAGCCUGAAGAGGGGGCUCAAAAGCUGCCGCUCAAUGUUUUUAACAACUACUUCAGUUUGGGGUUUGACGCCCACGUCACCCUUGAGUUUCAUGAGUCCAGAGAGGCCAAUCCAGAAAAAUUUAACAGUCGCUUCCGUAACAAGAUGUUCUACGCAGGAGCUGCGUUUUCAGAUUUCCUCCAAAGAAGCUCCAGGGACUUGUCCAAGCACGUCAGAGUUGUGUGUGACGGCACAGAUUUGACUCCAAAGAUUCAAGAGCUGAAAUUUCAGUGCAUUGUGUUUCUAAACAUUCCAAGGUACUGUGCUGGGACGAUGCCUUGGGGAAACACGGGAGAUCAUCGGGACUUUGAACCUCAGCGACAUGAUGAUGGCUGCAUUGAAGUCAUCGGCUUCACCAUGGCUUCUCUGGCUGCGCUACAGGUCGGUGGACAUGGAGAGAGACUCCAUCAGUGUAGAGAAGUCGUCUUGACUACCUACAAAACAGUUCCUGUUCAGGUGGACGGUGAGCCGUGUCGACUCGCACCAUCCACUCUGCGGAUCUCGCUUCGUAAUCAGGCAAACAUGGUCCAGAAGAGCAAGAGGCGCACCUCUGUGCCACUGCUGAACGAUAUUCAGAAGGUGUGUGCAGCUGAUCUGCGCCGCCUCUCUGCUCCCCCCGACUCCUUCUCUGUUCAGCAUAUCGUCCCUGAUCGUCUGCGCCUGAGAGUGAACCGCAUCAGUCUGAUGGAGUACGACAGACUUCAGUACGACAAAGAGCGGCUGCGGGACAUCUCAAUCCCAGUUGGCAUUGUGGUGGUGAGAGGGGACUGUGACCUGGAGACAUGCCGCCUUUACAUCGACAGAUUGCAAGAGGACUUGCACCAGGCGCCACCUACUGGCAACAGAGUGCACUAUCAGGAUGAGAGUCGAGGACUUCCCAGAACCAGUUCGACAAGUAGACUUUCUCCUCACUGGAGCUUCCUGGACUCCACAUCAGCAGAUCGCUUCUAUCGCAUUGACAAAGCUCAGGAGCAUCUUCACUUUGUGACAGAGAUUUGUCAGGACGAAGUGUUUAUCCUGGACCACGAGGGCCCCGUCUUGAACCAGGGCUCGUCAGCGGGAAUGCCGGAUCUUGUGGUGGAGCCCACAGUUGGGUCUCCUUUGUCUCCAGAGGAACAAGCAUUGUUCACAGCUGCCAGUUCUGGGGAUCUUUCUAUGCUGAUGGAGUGUGUGCGUAACGGCGUGAGCUUGUUGGCCAGAAACUCCGGAGGUUGCUCAGUGUUGCACGUUGCUUCGCACAAUGGACACUCUGAACUUGUCACUUUCAUCGUGCAACAAGGAUCCAAAGUGCUUUUAGAUUUAACAGACAGAGAGAGAGGGGACACCGCCUUGCACAAAGCAGCCUUAGGGAAGAAGCAUGCCGUGUGUCGAUUACUGGUAGAAGCCGGAGCGUCACUUCAGAAAACCAACUUCCAGGGAAAAACACCAGCGGACCAAGUAGAAGGCGACACAGAGCUGGCCACCUACCUGAGCGGGCAGAAGGUCACUCCCUCUGAAGACCUGGAGACAGCAGUGGGGCGUGACUUCUCUGAUAGUUUCACUGCUGAGUUUGAAGCAGAAGUGAUCAGGGAAUCACGAAGCACACUCCUGAAGUCUGCCCACGACCAUUCUGACCCUUCCAACAGUGGAACAUGGCGACUGGACGCGUGGAAAUCCACGACCCUCUUAACAGCCAUCAUGGGACUGACCACACUGACCACACUGACCUGUUUUACACCACAGACCAAGGAUGAGCUCCCCAGUCGACAGGGAGCUGACAGUGCUCCAUUUAGAAAUGAUGUGCAUCAUGAAGAGGAUGUGGAGGAUGUGGCAUCUCGACUGGCAGAAAUCUCGGCUGAAAUCUCAUUUGUUCUUCCAGAAACAGAUAUAGAAACAGAUUCUGAAGAUGACGAGGUGGAGAAAGUGAUUGGCUUGCUGCUGCGAGAUGCUGGAGACAGAUUGUAUGAGAGGGAACUUAAAGACACGAACAUUGCAGCCCUUCUGGGAAACUAUACCUUUUUUGAAAGAGUGAUAUUAUCCCUCCUCGUCAGGAUGGGCCUCAGUAAGAACUCUGAAAAAGUCGAUCCUGAAGAGUCUGCAAAGUCCCAAAUUGCUGUUGCUUGUGAAGCCACCACACGCCUCUCUGUUUUGGACACACUGCCCAUGACCCGGCUCAUGAGCCAUGGAGCCACCUUCUUGAACAUGCACUUUUCGUCCUGGGCUGAGCAGCAUGGCGGUUAUGAGAAGGCUUUUGACAGUGAAGAAGAGGAUGAUGAAGUCCAUUGA